GCCUGUGGCUCCAUGGCCGUGCUCAGCACUGCUCCAUGAGUACCCGGUGAUGCUCAUGUCCUGGCUGCAUCGCACUCAGACCCAUCACUCAGCACCUCACACAUGCAAGACCUCACACCCUCCAGGGAGGGCCCUUUAAGAAAAUACUGCUUUCACUUUUGGUUCGAGCUGUCCCUUUAGUUCGCUUUCAUUUCCCCCUGUGCUGCAAUGGACAUGCAAAUAUUCCACUUCAAGAAAUGGACAAAUUGGAUAUUUUGGUACCAGAAUCGCUGUUUUGAAUUUCAGGACACGUGGCUUAACUAUUACUGGGACAAAGAUGACAUUGGCAAGAUUAUCCGUGGCAGCAUCAAUCUCAGCAGUGCCACAGCACAGAGAAUCGACUUGAAGACCCUGUAUUUGUCUAAUGAAAAGGUGACUUACUACCUCAAGUCAGACAGUGCAAAGGACAUGGAGGACUUCAUCAGUAGACUUAUGGAGUUAAAGGUCACUGUGACUGACACGUAGAGGAGCAGAUCCUUGUGCUGAGCAAUGUAUGAAGUGAUUUGUUCAUUGACAAAGUGAAGAUUCUGUUCCAAAGGCUGUUUUCACUCAUAACCACUGAUUCCUUAAAUCAUGGAGAUAUCCAAAUGUUUGAAAUGGUCUCUUAUUGCAUAGCCAAAACACGAAAUUCACCCAUCUCCUACUGCUUACUUGCAAGAUAGAAAUGGGAGGACAUCAGGUGUGCUGGGAAAUGUAGGAUGUGAAAUGCAGGAAAAGGAGUAAAAGUCUUCAGCUUAGAAAAUACAACAUUCUUUACAACUGCAGAUGUGAGCAUUACCUUUGGAGAAGCUGCAUUUAGUAAUUACUGAUAAAUGGGAAUGAAUAUUGGCUUUAGCUCACACAAUGCAUAGGCAUGGCAAAAUGCAAACUAGUUACUAUUGGAUUUUGAAUGUUUUGUAAUGUCAUUUUCCACCUGCUUUUCUUAACUGACCAAGCUUUUCAUGACUUAAUUUUACAGAUUUACAUAUUUACAGAUUUAAUUCUAUUUAAUUCCCGAAUUUUUCAACCUUUAACACAUGGAAAUGUCCAGAGAAGAUAGACUCUGAUGUUGAAAGGCUCUUAACCAGCUUUCCUAUUAUAACAGCAUUGCUUUAUAUUCAUUGAGGCUUGCCCAGUCCUUGCUUUGCUUUUUUAAAGGAUAACAAAGAUGAGGAUGUGUAAUGGAUGGGAACCUGACUGAGAGCUGAUUUCCUCUCAUGACUGAGACACAUAACACAGUAUGGUUUUGUUGCAGUGGUGGAGUAUGCAUGUGUAUGGUCAUGGUGCCUGUUUACGGGAAUGAGGCAGGAAAACAGGGGUGCAGCUAUUUAAUGACCUUCCUACUUGGCUGCACCAGGGCACCUGGCCAGUGCUCUUGGCAUGGGCAACACUGAGAUCAUGAGAAGCUGCACGUCCACAUGAGCAAACAAGGACAGAGCUGGCACAAAGCCUGUUGUGUUUCUAAGGGUAUAAAUGCAAGUGCCUCUUGUAGCUAAAUCCAAGACUGAAACUCCUGCCAUUGGCUGCAAUGGGGCUUCCCAGCUCAAGUGUGGGCCUGGAUGAUGAUUCGGUGGUGACUGGUGAUGUAUUUCUUCUUAAUCUCUAUUCUAUCUAUGCAGUAAUGAUGUGAUACAUUGCUAGUUUUCCUCUACUUAUAUGUAUGUAUCUCUGACUUGCUUUAUUGUACUUAUUUACUAUACACAUUGAGAUAUAUACCUGAUUUGUGACAGUGAGCUCAUUUGCUUUAGUGUACCUGUUUAAUAAACUGUGCAUGUUAUACA